AUCGCGGCGCGCCGGGCGCGGCCAUGGCGGCGGAGGCGGCCGUGGUGCGGGUGGCGGUGCGGGUGCGGCCGCUGCUGCCCCGGGAGGCGCUGCGGGGACACCGGCCGUGCCUGCGGAGCGAUGCCGCCACCGGCGAGGUGGAGCUGGGCCGCCGCCGGUUCCGCUUCGCCGCCGUGCUGCCCGAGGCGGCGGGGCAGGCGGCCGUGUACCGGGCCUGCGUCCAGCCGCUGCUGCGCGCCUUCUUCCGCGGCUUCAACGCCACCGUGUUCGCCUACGGACAGACGGGCUCCGGCAAGACCUACACCAUCGGGGAGGCCAGCGUCGCUUCCAUCAAUGAGGAUGAGCAGGGCAUCAUCCCAAGAGCCAUGGCUGAGACCUUCAGGCUCAUUGAUGAGAACGACCUGAUCGACUACACGGUGCGAGUGUCCUACCUGGAGGUGUACAAGGAGGAGUUUCGGGACCUGCUGCAGGUGGAUACAGCCAGCAAAGACAUCCAGAUCCGGGAGGAUGACAAGGGGAACAUUGUGCUCUGCGGAGUGAAGGAGUCGGAAGUGGAAGGGCUGGACGAGGUGCUGAGCCUGCUGGAGAUGGGGAACACGGCCAAGCACACGGGAGCCACGCACAUCAACAGGCAGUCGAGCCGCUCGCACACCAUCUUCACGGUGACCAUGGAGCAGCGGCGCGGCGCCGGCCGCCUGCCCCUGCACCGCCAGCCGCCCGCCCUGCCCGCCGCCGGACAGGUCCUGGUCUCAAAGUUCCACUUCGUGGACCUGGCGGGCUCAGAGCGGAUUGUGAAGACGGGAAACACAGGGGAGAGGCUGAAGGAGAGCAUCCAGAUCAACUGUGGCCUCCUGGCCUUGGGCAAUGUCAUCAGUGCCUUGGGAGAUCCUCGGAGAAAGACCACCCACAUCCCGUACAGGGACUCCAAAAUCACCAGGAUCCUGAAAGACUCCCUGGGUGGGAACGCCCAGACCGUGAUGAUAGCCUGCGUCAGCCCCUCGUCCUCCGACUUCGACGAGAGCCUCAACACGCUGAACUACGCCAGCCGCGCUCAGAACAUCCAGAACAGGGCGGUGGUGAACUGCCGCAGGGAGACGGAGCACAUCGAGGAGCUGCACCUGCAGAUCAAGAGCCUGCAGAAGGCGCUGGAGCAGCGGCAGCGCUCGGAGACGCGCACCAUCCGCCGCUCGGGCAGCGCCAAGCGCGGCGCGCCCGACGCCACGGCCCGGCUGCAGGCCGAGUGCGCCCAUUACCGCACGUGCACCGACGCCGCGCACCGCCUGCUCUCCGAGCUGCAGGAGGACAGCAGCCUCAGCCUGGAGCAGGUCCUGCGCGUCAAGGAGUGGCUGUGCGCCGUGGAGAGCCAGAGGAGCGAGCUGACCUCGGCCGGGCUGGACAGCGGCAUUGAGAGCACCUCCAUGGAGGAGCAGGGGCAGGAGGCACAAGGGUCAAAAGUGGCGAAAGGACAGGUGAGCGCUGAGAAGUGUGAGUCCAUCAAAGAUGAGCAGGUGGCCAAGCUGCAGAGGCAAGUGGAACGCCUGGAGGAGGAGAACCGUGAUUUCCUGGCUGCCCUGGAGGAUGCUAUGGAACAGUAUAAGCUGCAGAGUGACAAACUUCAGGAGCAGCAGGAUAAGAUCUCAGAGCUGCACGUGCGCUUGGAGAUGGCAAUGCCAAACCUGUGUGUGCCAGGACUGCUGGAAAAUCUUCACCUGGUCACUGCCAGCCAGAGACCUCACACAGCCCCACUGGAUGCUGCCCCUUCUCAUGGCUUUGGUGGGGUUCCCUCGGGGCUGCUUCCUGAGCAGAGUGGAAGAGCUCUUUGCAAGAAGAAGCUCAGCAGCAGCUCCUGCUUGCAGAAAGAGGAACUGGCAGGCUGGCACCCGAACCACACACAGCACCCAAGUGGUGAUCCUGAGGUGAGAGAGGUGGGGCUGAGGAGGGAGCUCAGCCAGGACUCAGAGAAGCCAUCAGAGCUGUCCUCGGGAGAGGAGAUGGAGGAAUGGGAACAGAAACAGCCCCUGUCCCAGUGCCGAAAUGGGAUCCAAAAUUUGAGCAAGAAAGAGAUUUUCAAGUUGGGUGAGGAGCCAAGUGGAGGCAAUGCCCACUCAAUUCAGGAGGAGCAGCUGGAACUGCCAAAAGAGGUCUAUGGGAAGCGGGAGUCACUGCUGGGCUGCCGGGAGCGCCUGCCAGGGAAGGGCUCUGAGUGGAGGCUGGUGCAGGCACAGCAGAAGAUCCGAGAGCUGGCGAUCAACAUCCGCAUGAAGGAGGAGCUGAUCACGGAGCUCAUUAAGACAGGCAAGGAUGCCCAGGCUCUGAACAAGCAGUACAGCCAGAAGAUCAGUGAGCUGGAGCAGGAAGCAGAGCAGGUGCGGGCAGAGCUGAGCGACAGCCAGAAGCAGCUCCAGGAGCUGGAGGCCAAAGAGCCCUGGGACCCUGGGGAGAAGCGCAAGCUGCAGGAGUACCGCACACGCCUGGCGGCCGUGCGGAGCAAGGCACAGGUUCUGUGCAAGAAGAAGCAGGCGACGGAGAGGCUGGUGUCGCUGUCGGCGCAGAGCGAGAAGCGCGUGCAGGAGCUGGAGAGGAACAUCCAGCUGAUGCGGCGGCAGCAGGGGCAGCUGCAGCGGCGGCUGCGCGAGGAGAGCGAGCAGAAACGGCGCCUGGAGACGGAGGUGAACAAGGGACAGCACCGAGUCAAGGAACUGGAGCUGAAGCAUGAGCAGCACCAGAAAAUCCUGCGCAUCAAAACAGAGGAAAUCGCGGCUUUCCAGAGGAAACGGCGGAGUGGCAGCAACGGUUCUGUGAUCAGCCUGGAGCAGCAGCAGAAAAUUGAGGAACAGAAGAAGUGGCUGGACAUGGAGAUGGAUAAAGUUCUCGAGCAGCGCCAGGCCCUGGAUGAGCUGGAAGAUGAGCUGAGGAAGCGGGAAGCUAUUGUGGCCAAAAAGGAAGCCCUGCUGCAGGAGAAGAAUGGCCUGGAGACCAAAAGGCUGCGCUCCAGCCAGGCCCUGACAGAUGACAUAGUGCGCGUGUCCAGCCGCCUGGAGCACCUGGAGAAGGAGCUGAGCGAGAAGAACGGGCAGCUGCGCCACGGCAGCGCCCAGGACCAGCAGCAGAUCCGCCAGGAGAUCAACAGCCUGCGCCAAGAGAAGGACCAGCUGCUCAAACAGAGGCUGGAGCUGGACAACAAGCUGCGCCAGGGCACGCUGCUGUCCCCAGAGGAAGAACGGAUCUUGUUCCAGCUGGAUGAGGCAAUCGAGGCUCUGGAUGCAGCCAUUGAGUACAAGAAUGAGUCCAUCACAUGCAGGCAGCGAGUCCUGCGGGCCUCGGCCAGCCUGCUGUCACAGUGUGAGAUGAACCUCAUGGCCAAGCUAAGCUACCUCUCCUCCUCUGAGACACGAGCUCUGCUCUGCAAGUACUUUGACAAGGUGGUGACACUGCGAGAGGACCAGCACAGGCAGCACAUUGCCUUCUCAGAGCUGGAGAUGCAGCUGGAGGAGCAGCAGCAGCUGGUGUACUGGCUGGAGGCGGCUGUGGAGCGGCAGCGGCUGGAGAUGGACCGCCAGCUCACCCUGCAGCAGAAAGAGCACGAGCAGAACAUGCAGCUACUGCUGCAGCAGAGCCGUGAGCACAUGGAUGAGGGGCUGGCCAGCAGCAAGCUGCAGUAUGAGGCCAGGAUUCAAGUGCUGGAAAAGGAGCUAAGCCGGUACAUGUGGGCAAACCAGGAGCUGAACCAGAGACUGAGUAACAUGAACCUCCAUGCUGGACAGACCAAAGCAGGGAUGGAGAGAAGCAUUCAUGGCGCUGGGGACAGAGCUGCCCCUGAGCUUGGCACCUGUGAGGAAUUCAGCCUCAGGGAGCAGCCCGUGCCUCCAGCUGCCGCUGAAGAGAGCCCUCGGGCCAGGGAUGAGAGCAGGGACCUGGUGCACGCCCCUCUGCCCUCGACAUGGAGGCGUUACUCGCUGCCCAGCGACAGCCCCGGCGAGCCCCGGCAGAGGGACCCAGAGCACUCGCUGCUGAGAGCAGGGCAGCCCCACGAGCUGCUGCCCCCGCGGAGCCUGGCGGCUGCUGCUGCUGCUGCUCCCAAAGCCCGGCGGGAGCUGCGCAGAGCCAGCCUCACCGUGAGCCCAGUGCCUCACCACCCAGCCAUGAUAGACGUGAGGAAAAACCCACUCUAGAGCCAGCCUCACCGUGAGCCCAGUGCCUCACCACCCAGCCAUGAUAGACGUGAGGAAAAACCCACUCUAGAGCCAGCCUCAACGUGAGCCCAGUGCCUCACCACCCAGCCAUGAUAGACGUGAGGAAAAACCCACUCUAGAGCCAGCCUCAACAUCAGCCCAGUGCCUUAUGACCCAACCAUCAUAGAUGUGAGGAAAAACCCACUCUAGAGCCAGCCUCAAUGUCAGCCCAGUGCCUCACCACCCAGCCAUGAUAGACGUGAGGAAAAACCCACUCUAGAGCCAGCCUCAACAUCAGCCCAGUGCCUUAUGACCCAACCAUCAUAGAUGUGAGGAAAAACCCACUCUAGAGCCAGCCUCAACGUGAGCCCAGUGCCUCACCACCCAGCCAUGAUAGACUUGAGGAAAAACCCACUCUAGAGAGCCAGCCUCAACGUCAGCCCAAUGCCUUAUGACCCAGCCACGAUACACGUGAGGAAAAACCCGCUCUAGAGCCAGGCUUAACAUGAGCCCAGUGAGUAAAAACCUGCUCUAGAGCCAGCCUCAAUGUCAGCCCAGUGCCUCAUCACCCAGCCAUGAUAGAUGUGAGGAAAAACCCGCUCUAGAGACAACCUCAACGUCAGCCCAAUGCCUUAUGACCCAGCCACGAUACACAUGAGGAAAAACCCGCUCUAGAGCCAGGCUUAACAUUAGCCCAGUGCCUUAUGACCCAGCCAUGAUGUGAGGAAAACCCACUCUAGAAUCAGGCUUAACAUGAGCCCAGUGAGGAAAAACCCGCUCUAGAGCCACCUCAAUGUCAGCCCAGUGCCUCAUCACCCAGCCCGGACACAUGUGAGGAAAAACCCGCUGUACAGCCAGGCUUAACAUGAGCCCAGUGCCUCAUCACCCAGCCAUGAUUGAUAGAUGUGAGGGAAAACCCACUCUAGAGGCAGGCUCAAGGCUCACCUGGCACAGGGAGCAGUGGGUAUUGCUGAGCUGAGCUUGAGAGCUCUCCUGCCCCACAGGGCAGCCUGGCUGCAACCCUGUUACAUUUCAGAGGCCUGGGGAAGAACAAAGAUGUGAUUUGUUGUCAUGAGUGUGUAAGGUGUGGGAGCACCAGCCUGCAUUCUCCGUGUUGCUGCCAGUCGAGGCAGCACUCACUGACAGGAAGCUUUUCCUCUGCUCCCUCAGCAGCUUGAACACUGUGAAGCAGGAGACACUUUGUUUCCAGGCCUCUUAACACUAAAAACUUGUUUACAAUGUGGAAUUCUCAGCUGAAGAGCUUGCUCAGCCCUGGCAGCCUCGGAGGGAGAUGCUCUGCAGCCCUGCAGAAUUUGUACAUAGAUUUUUGUAGUAACUUUGUGUUUUUUACAUUUUUACUAUAACUUUUCUAAUAAA